UUACGUUCACGUCUCCAUCAACCUCGCUGCACAACAGCAAGAAGAGCAAUAGACUUCUAACAUGCACGCAGUACAAACUCAGUUCUGGGCAGUCCGAGAUUACCUCAGUCCAGUCCUACGAGAAAGUAAAUUCAAGGAGCACGGGCGGAUCACUCCAGAGGAAUUCGUCGCCGCAGGUGACUUUCUCACCUAUAAGUUUCCCGUGUGGACAUGGGAAAAAGGUGACGGAACCCGAGUACGAGACUUCUUGCCCAAGGAUAAGCAGUUCCUGAUGACUCGAAACGUCCCAUGUCUUCGACGAGCUACUACACUCGCAUAUACCGAUGAACAAGAGGAUGCUGAGAAGAUGCUCUCAUUUACCGAUGGCGGCGAUAAGGAAGAUGAAUGGGUGCAGACUCAUGCCGGCCGAGCAGGAGAAGGUGAUGGGGUUGCUGAAAUCAGUGACAUUCCGGACCUUGAUGGGCCGUCUCAUACCGCAUCUGCCAUCACAGCGGGGCUAAAUAAGAUGACAAUGGACGAGCGCCAUGCUAUUGACGCUCAGCCAAUACCAGAGGAGAUCCCUGACAUCGAUGAUAUCCCGGAUAUGGAGGAUGAAGGGCUCGAGGAGGCAGAGGAUGUGGCCGCUGCUGCGCCAGAGAAGGCUGCUGUUACGGAAGAGGCACAGCCGAUUGAAGUCGCAAAGGACAAUUUGCUCCAGGUUCGAACGUACGAUGUCAUGAUCACAUAUGACAAGUACUAUCAAACCCCAAGAAUCUGGCUGCUCGGUUAUGAUGAGUCUGGAAACCCCCUCACCCCAUCUCAUGUAUUCCAAGAUGUCUCCGCCGAUCAUGCAUUCAAGACGGUCACCAUCGAGCCUUUCCCACAUAGUACCACUCUCACCGCCGCCUCUGUCCAUCCGUGUAAACACGCCAAUGUGAUGAAGAAAGUCAUCGAGCGAAUGAACGCUGGUAUCAUUGCGGAGGAGCAGAAACGGCUCGGCAUCUCUAAUGCUAAGCCUGAUAAGGACGGCAAGAGUGGCAGACGUUGGUUAGGCGGGAUGGUGCGCAGGGUCACAGGUGGAUCGGGCACGGAAUCACCCAGCACUGGGAGCGAAACUCCUGCUUCGGAAGACGCUGAAGGCAUGAGAGUCGACUUCUACCUCGUUGUCUUCCUCAAAUUCAUCGCGAGCAUCGUUCCCACCAUCGAAGUCGAUUCGACCACCGCGUUCUGACCUGCCUUCAAAUGCCUUAGACUAAUGACACCUUGGACAAGACAUGAAGGGUAUAUAUAUGACUCAUGAGAGCGCUGGGAAACCAGCGAUUAUGAU